AUGGGGUGUGGUGUUGGUAAAGUGUUGCCGGCAGAGUCCAAGUCUGGCUUUGUGAGCGUGGUGCGGUCUCUGGCGGCGUUUACUCGAGUCUGUGACGAGAAAGAGGAGAGUAAACACAAACAGACAACAUGUUGGUUUGGAGGAAAGGCGAAGCAGGAGAAGGAGCAGCCGCCAUCGCAGCCGCCAUCGCAGAGUCACCGCCGCCCGGACACGAGACCCAGGGCUCAAACUAAGACCUACAGAGACAAGUUUGAUCCCAGAGUCACCGCAAGGUACCACAUCCAGGCCCUGAUCGGCCGCGGCAGCUUCAGCCGCGUGGUGCGAGCGGAGCACCGCGGCACGCACCAGCCCUACGCCAUAAAGAUGAUGGAGGUGGAGUUCCCCGAGGGCCGCGAAGUGUGCGCCGCCGAGCUAACCGUGCUAAAGCGAGUGUCCCACCCCCACAUCGUGCACAUGGCGGAAGUGUUUCAGCUCCCACACCGGGUCUACAUGGUCCUAGAGCUCGCCACCGGAGGCCAACUGCUGGACCGGGUCGUUAGCAAAGGACAUUUCACUGAACGUGACGCGACCAAGGCUAUCAAAAUGGUGCUGGACGCUGUUAGCUACCUCCACGGUCUCGGCAUAACGCACCGAGAUUUGAAACCGGAGAAUUUGCUUUACUACCAUCCGGGCGCCAACUCCAAACUGCUUCUCACCAACUUUGGUCUAGCAACGUUUAGCGGUAAAAACGGCGGCAACGGUUUUGGGAGCGGCGGUGACGGUGCUAGCAUGGAUACGUCCUGGUCGCUGAGAACCACGUGCGGGACUCCGGAGUACAUGGCCCCCGAAGCCGUGCAGAGAAAAGGCUCUUCUCCCGCGGUGGAUCUGUGGGCUCUGGGAGUGGUCGUCUUCAUCAUGCUGAGCGGAUCUAUGCCGUUCGAAGACGAGAGUCGAACCAAACUCUACCGAGCCGUGGUCAAAGGGAAAUACAGCUUCAGCGGAGACGUGAGUAGCUCUGAAUGA